UCAUUCUCCACAACCAAAAUUAUUUUAAAUUUUUUUUUUCUGCUUUUGAUAUUUUUAUUGUGAUUAUUGAUUCAAGUCAUUAGACCUUCACCAAAUCUUCACUAUAUCUUUACAGUACUUCCACCUCAAGACAAAGAUUUCUUAGCCAUAUAUGCAUGUAAUGUGCAUGUCUAGGUUCAAUCCAAUCCUCUUCAUAAAAUUACUUCCCUAAAAAAAACCCUAGGGUUUACUUUUACCGUAUUCUUCGCAACUUCGUCGCCACGUUGUUGGAUAGUGAGAAGGGUAAGAAGGUGAAAUCACCAAGUACGGAUCUUCGAUUAAGCUCAAUGGAGGGGGGUGAGGGUGGAAAGAGUAGUAGAAGUGGUGGAUUUUGCUUUGGAGGUGAAAAUUCAAUGCCAAUUUUGUCAAGAGGAGGUUCGAAUUCGCUACGGUGUCGAGAGUUGGAAUUCGAUCAAGCACCUGUUGGGCUUAAUGGGUUAGGGUUUCAUGGAGACAAUGCUCAAUUAGGAAGUGGUUUUCUUGGAAAUGGGUUGCCAUAUGAAAACAAUAGCGUUCCAAAUUCUGUAUCAAACAUGAAGACACUUGUCGACUUUCCAAACAUCAACCCUCCAAAUUCUUACUCCUUUCUUUCGCAAGUGGAAAGUUUCCCUCCUAUUAUGAACAACAACUUCUACUCUGCAUCAGCUUUGCCAUGCAACUCCAUGGCAUUACCAGCUACUUCACAACCAACACUCAUGCCGUCAAGUUGUUUGUCAGCAAAUUUCAAAGAAAAUGAACAUUCAGACAUUGGAGAGUCCAAGAAUCAUGAGGGACACAUAUGCAAUAUGCGGUCCAGAUCAAUUCAAUCAAGCGAGAACAGUUCAUUGGGGAUACGUCAGACUUUAAGGCAACAUACGAUCCAUCCUCCCAUUGAAGAAUUCGAUGACGAUCUGGAGGAUACAGCGCUAAAAUUGAUCAUGCGAAAAGAGUUGUCAAAUAGUGAUGUUGGAACUGUUGGUAGAAUAGUGCUGCCUAAGAAGGAGGCAGAGGCGAAUCUUCCUCCAUUAACCGAAAGGGACGGAAUCAUAUUGGAGGUGGAUGAUCUUGCACUUCCAGUAACAUGGAAAUUCAAGUACAGGUUCUGGCCCAAUAAUAAAAGCCGAAUGUAUAUUAUGGAGUCUACAGGUGAAUUUGUAAAAGCACAUGGCCUUCAGGCGGGCGACUACUUCAUUAUUUACAGAAGUUUGGUAUCUGACAAUUAUGUUGUUAGAGGAAAGAAGGCUGUACGACCACCGAAACAUGCUGAAGUAAUCAACUGUCACCAGAUAAGUGAAAGCAACAUGAAAGCAGAUUGCUUGAAUCAGAUGCUAAUAGAUGAACACGAGAAUGGUGAUAGCAGACAACUGUGGCUGGAACAAGAGAAAACUCGAGGAGAACUUGCAGCUAAUCCACCACAGAGACCUGAAUUCCCUCCUCUCGGGUGGAAUUUCUAAAUUGCCUGAGAGAGAAUGCUGGAUCUUAUAAUUUCUCUAGGCUAGAAAUUGCUUUCGAGAAGAUACCUUUAGAGGUCUCAUGCCGUAGGUACUAUGUGCAAGGAGGGGAAAAAUAAAUCAGAGGGUGAUCUAAAAAGAUGAUGAUUCUGUACCUCUGAAUGAUUUCUAUAGUUACCGUACAAUACAUGAAUGUUUUUCAAGUCAGGUCCUGAAAUAUUUUUGUGCUUUAUAUUUAUU